CAAAAUAUUUUGUAAUUUGUUUUGCCGUGUUUCCAGUCAUGUUUUGUGCUUGUUUCUGUUUUAUUAAUUCUUAAUUCAGUUUACAGAAGGCCGCCAAAGAAUAGACAUCGAAAUUAUUUCGUUCUCGCUAUAUUCUUUAUAACUGUUUACUGUUGUAUCCCAAAUAGCAAAUAAACAUAUCGAUAAUGAAGGAAACAAAAAUGAGUACCCAUUUAUCGGGAGGAAGAUUAAACGUUGCUAUAUUACAGGAAACGAUGAGAAAAGAGUUGCUAAAUCUUUUGCAGCUGUGUGAAGGAAAAAAGGUAACUAUCUGGGAUGAAUGGCUAGCUGGCCCAGUAGGACUUGUGGCCCAGUACUCUUUGCUGAAGGAACAUGAGGUGGUGGACAUGUUUCCGUUGCGGCCAGGCAGCCUUCCCACUAUAUCUGUGAAACACAUAAUAUUCAUUGCUCGGCCAAAAUUAGAACUUAUGGACCUUGUUGCUGAUUAUAUACAUUCCUUAAGAACAAAACAAACAUCACCAGUGGAGUUUCAUCUAUUCUUUGUACCUAGAAAGAGUGAGCUGUGUGAAAAACAUUUGAAAAACAGAGGGGUGCUGAGUAACUUGUCCAUCCAGGAGUUCAAAUGUGACAUAUUCCCCUUUGAAAGUGACGUCAUGUCGUUGGAGUUACAAAAUGACUUUAGAGAAAAUUACUUGGAAGGGGAUCCAACAUGCUUGUACAAUGCAGCGCAAGCACUACGAACCAUACAACAGCUUUAUGGAAUCAUUCCACGUGUUUAUGGCAAAGGGAAUGCUGCUAAACAAGUGUGGGAUCUUCUUUGUCGUUUAAAUAAAGAAGAGCAAGUGCCGCGAGGAGCCACCACUUCGUGCAUCGACCAGCUGCUGCUGUUGGAUCGAGCCAUCGACUUCACUAGCGUCAUGUCCACACAACUCACGUAUGAAGGACUUAUAGACGAACUGUACGGCAUAAAGAACUCGACGGCGACAUUCCCCGGCCACAAGUUCGUGUCUCCAGACGACGCCAGCCCGGAGGUGACUGCUACGGAGCGGAAGCGCAUCAUACUUAACUCCAGUGAGGAACUCUUCGCUGAACUGAGGGACUGUAACUUCACUACGGUGGGGCCUGCUUUGUCAAAGAAGGCGCGAGUGAUCAAGACCCAGUUGGACGAGCGGCACAACGACAAGUCGGUGCAGGAGAUCAAACAGUUCGUGUCGCGCUUGCCGCAGAUGUUGGCCAACAAACAGUCGCUCGCCACGCACAUGGCCAUUGCGGAAUACAUCAAAGAGACCACAGACACUUUUGAUUUUCACGAUACCAUCCAGUGUGAGGAGGAUUUUUUGAAUUGCAUCGACAACGACAAAGCCUGUCCAUUUAUAGAAGAUCUUAUAGCUACAAAGCAACCAUUGAAUAAGGUACUUCGGCUCAUCUGCCUUCAAUGUGUCACGGGGUCAGGGUUGAAGCCCAAGGUGUUGGAGUACUACAAGCGCGAACUGGUCCAGGUGUACGGGCUCAACACCUGGCUGUCUCUGUGCAACCUGGAGCGGUGCCUGCUGCUGCGGCCGCAGACUGGCAUCCGGCAGUAUGCCGUACUCAGGAAGACUUUACACCUAACUAUGGACGAUUCUGAUGCUAAUGCGAAGGAGAAGAGCUACUUGUCGUGCAAGUAUGUGCCGCUAACUGUCAGGUUAAGUGAACACAUCGCUAAAAAUAAAGGAUGGGCUGGUAUAUCGGAUGUCCUGAGCAAUCUUCCCGGACCAUCUUUAGAAGAGCUUCAGAGCCUGCAGCCUCGCAUGACAAGACGUAACUCAAUCUCCAGCGAAAACUCAUCCUCCUUAGAAACUCCGAGGGUAGUUCUAGUUUUCUUUAUCGGAGGGUGCACGUACCAUGAGAUCUCCGCGCUAAGAAGUCUCAGCCAGCAAGAAGAUUCUAAUGUUGAGUUUGUGAUACUUACAACUAAAUUAAUAAACGGCAACACUUUUCUUGAAGCACUUAUGGAAGCUGAAUAAUAAGCUUGCCAUGUAUUAUAAUUUAUAAAUAUAUACAGUCCUCACCCGCGUAAUAAAUGGAUGUGACGACCUAGUGUCUCGUCCCAACUCCCAGGCACAUUUUGUAUUUUGCAAUUUUAAAUCUGGAAAUUAUUAAGACAUUAUUUCCAAAAUUAUUAUUUUU